GGGGCAUGCGACAACUGGCCCAUUAUACCACACCACAACUUUAAAGACACCUUUCGACGGUUUGCGCGCGCACUCUCUCACACGACCCUCUCGCCAACUUUGGAGCUCCGUUCAAAUCGCUAAACACACCUUCUCCUCCGUUCGCAAGUCCCAAGCCUAGCUGCUUCGUCGUUCGGUCCAGCACACAGCAACAUGCCUACCAUGUGGUUAUCAGAUUCCCAAAAAAUCGGGGUCGCUUUCUGCUCCGGUGGCGGCUUCUUCCUCAUUGGAGGUGUGAUGCUCUUCUUUGACCGGGCCAUGCUUGCCAUGGGUAAUAUCCUCUUCCUCAUCGGCCUCACCAUAAUCAUCGGCCCACAAAAGACACUGCUCUUCUUUGCGCGGAAACAAAAGGCUAAAGGCACGGCCGCAUUUUUCCUUGGCCUGCUCAUGAUCCUCAUGCGCUGGCCGCUCAUCGGCUUCUGCGUCGAGCUGUACGGCAUCAUGGUCCUGUUUGGAGACUUCCUCGGCACGAUUGCCGCCUUCGCCCGCAACGCGCCCGUCGUUGGACCGUAUAUCGGCCUGCUCAUCGAUCGGUCUGGCCUUGGUGGACGCCGGAACGCGGAGCUGCCUGUAUGAGCCGGCAGGGUGAAAGGGAAAGGGCGGAUGAGACUUUAUUUGCCUUGCUGGUGUCGGUUCAUACGUCC